AUGAACAUUUUUUGGCAAAUUUCGGAUGAGGAUCAGCAGGGAACUGCCCCCUUUUUACACAGACAGCCCGACAACCCAGGGGGGUUUGAUAGUUUGUUGCAUCAUCGCGCAGCCCGCAGCGCAGUCAGCAAACCAUUCAGUGCUGUGGAAGCCAGCUCGAGGGUCCAAACCACUCCGAACCAAGCACUUGCCAAAGAAAUGGGAAAACGAAAACGACAGUCGAAAACCGCUGGCCCUUCCUCGGCUUCCCAGAAACGAUCACAGCAAUCUCCAAACCGACUUCCAUCGGAUAGCCUCACGACAGAUAACCAUGGGCCAGAUGUUCUGACAGUAAACCAUAUUGUGGAAGACGAAAGCCGGAAUCCGAUUGGCCACGAGCCAGAUACAAACGCCGGAAUCAGACCUGAUCACAAUGAGCAUGAAAGUGUAGAAGAGGAAACGAAUAAUCUAGGCGGAGAGCAAGAGAACGAUGAGAACGAGAAUGUCGAAAACGAGGAUAAUGAAAACGAGAAUCAGGAGAACGAGAUUCGCGAAAGCGAGAACGAUGAGUUGGAGGACGAUUCAGAGACGCUUGCGAAAUCAACAACGUCAAAAAAAGUGAUCGACUUGAAUGAAAUCAAGAAGUUUGGACAGAAGGUUGACCGAACCGGAUUGGUUUAUGUUUCCCGAAUCCCACCCGGAAUGGGCCCUAGUAAACUGAAACAUCUGCUCUCCAAGUGGGGCGCGAUCGGAAGGAUCUAUCUGGCUCGAGAUGAGAAAGCUGAAGAAUCAAAACGAAAGUUCAACAAGAAAGGCAAGAUGCGGAAGAAUUUGAAAGAUAAACAUCAAAGUUUUCUGUUCAAAGAAGGAUGGGUCGAAUUCAUAGAUAAGAAAGUAGCCAGGAGAGUUGCUGAGAUGUUGAAUACUCGGCCAAUUGGAGGCAAACCAAGCGAUCGAUACUACUCAGAUCUAUGGACAUUGACCUACCUACCGAAGUUCAAAUGGACGAAUCUGUCGGACCAAAUCGCGAUCGAACGCAGGAUCAAGGAACAGCUCGUCCGAAACAGUCUUGAAGAGAGCAAGAUUUCACAGGAUUGGUAUCUGGGUAUGGUGGAGAAGAAUUCGACCAACCAAAAGAUUCUGGCGAAGCAACUCAAGAAGAAACCCGACUCGGCGGCAACCGCCAAGGCUGGCAAACCUUUAGAUUUCAGACAGAGAGAAUUGCCCUCCGCGCAGAACGAACAUGGAUCCAAACUGAAAUCCGUUCUGGAUGGGCUUUUCUAACUCACAUAAUCACUUACUCAUUUUACUCAACCAACUCGUUUUCUUGUCUGCUUUCGAUCAUAUUUUUCACCUUGGCCUAGUACCAAGUUUGUUUUCAACCAACCAUCUCUUUCACAUUUACCUAGUACCAAUAUGCAUGUAAGACCGCGCCAUACCCUCACAACGACAACUGGCUGAAUCAAAUGUGCAUGAGAGCGAUUGAUAAACAUUUAUCUUACUCACAAGACUAAUCAAAAGCAAGUAAGCGACCCCUUUUUUCUUCAGAAAAACAGCAAA